AACACUUAAUUGUACUACUCGAGUCAUCUGACGAUCAUCAAUAAAACUGUAUAUAUGCUAUAAAGUAACUUUCCGUUCGACGUUUUUUUUAUAAUUCUACAGGAUCUACUAAAGGGCGUACUCUGAUUCCAUUACUUUGCAAAUAUAUACGAGGAAAAAAUGGUUAAAUACAAGCUGACUUAUUUUCCAGUUAAAGCAUUGGCUGAGCCAAUAAGAUUUCUUUUUAGCUAUGGAGGAGUGGAGUUUGAAGAUGAUCGAUUCAAUCGCGAAGACUGGCCAAAGAUCAAACCAGAAAUGCCAUUUGGACAAGUUCCUGUUCUGGAAGUUGAUGGAAAAAAGGUACAUCAAUCUACAGCAAUUUGUCGUUAUCUAGCUAAACAGUUUGGACUUGCCGGUAAAGAUGACUGGCAAAAUCUCUUAAUUGAUGCCACCGUUGAUACCAUUCAUGAUAUGCGUCAAAAACUUGGAGCUUUUCACUAUGAAUCACAUGCUGAAGCCAAGGAAGCUAAACGUAAAGUUGCAUUGAAUGAAACUCUUCCAUAUUAUUUAGAACGUUUGGAUGAACAAGUGAAAAACAAUAACGGAUAUUUUGUUGGUGGUUCUCUUACAUGGGCUGACUUUGUCUUUGUGGCUUUACUGGAUUAUCUCAAUUUUAUGGCUGGGUUUGAUAUUAUUGAAAAAUACAGCAAUUUAAAGGCUUUAAAAGAGAAAGUUUUGGCCAUACCACAAAUUAAAGCUUGGGUUGAAAAACGCCCUCCAUCUGAUGCAAAGAAAUUUACAACCAUGUCCAACUAUAAAUUAAGUUACUUUGAUAUUACCGGUUUGGGCGAGCCAAUACGUUAUAUGCUACAUUAUGGAGGAAUUAAAUUUGAAGAUAAUCGUUUAUCUUUUGAAGAAUGGCCUAAAAUUAAACCUUCUAUGCCACUUGGCCAAUUGCCAGUAUUGGAGAUCGAUGGGAAAAAGUAUAAUCAGUCAAAGUCUAUAAUGCGUUUUCUAGCUAAAAAGUUCAAGUUGUAUGGAUCUAACGAUGUUGAAGCGUUGGAAAUUGAUGCUGCUGCUGAUAGUAUGGAUGAUUUGAGAAUACCUUUAUCAACUUACUUCUGGGAAAAAGAUCCAAAUCAAAAAAAUAAGUUGAAAGAAAUUGCAAUGGAAAAAAAAGAUUUCCUCCUCGGUAAAUUCGAAGAACAGGUCAAGAAAAAUGGAGGUUACUUUGUCAAUGGAAAGUUAUCCUUCGCGGAUGUGUUGUAUACUGCUUAUUCCGAUUAUUUGUCUAAUGGUUUGGGACAUCCUUUGAACAAGGAUCAUCCAGAACUUACCAAACUUGUGGAAAAAGUUCGAGCUAUUCCCAACAUCAAGGCUUAUUUGGACAAACGCCCAAAAACCCAAAUUUAAAUGCCUUUUAAUGAACCAUUACAUAUAAUAUUUUUUGUUAUUUGUUACAACAUUGAAUUCAAUUCUAUUAUUAAUAAAAUUUAUAUUUUGAAUAUAAUAAAAAAUAUUGCAUAAUAAG